GACCCGGUACCCUUGGCGUGGACGCGCCACCGGCCGGGCUCUCCCGGGGAUCCCACAGGGCUGCUGAUGGGUGGGGGUCCCCGGCUCUGCGUCUCGGUCCUCAGGUCACCGUCACUCGCUUCCUUUCUCCCCGCUCCUCCCUCCCCCCAGGCCACCGACCCUUCCGACUGAGUCCUGACACCCCCAAAUCAGGGAGCCUCGCUAUUGGCCCGCCUUCCCCGACCGUGUUGUCCCCGCUGCUGCCCCCACCCAACCCCGGCCUGCUUUUGUGCACAGAGGUCCUUGUGACCGAUGGCAGCGAGUUGGAGGCGUGAGGUCUUGGGGCGAGGAGACACUCCAGAAGCUUGGGCAGGAGGUGGAGAGCGGCUGGUGGAUUGGAACCUCUGACCUUCUGAUGAGCAGGGGUGCCAUGGAAGAAAGGCCUGGCGAUCUGCUCCCGUAGGGAUUACAGCCAAGAAAACCCUAUGGAAACAGCCCCAUGCUCGGUAUCUACAAGGCUCUGGAUUCGCGGAAGGAGCCCCUGGACUCCCAGGGUCCGGGCCAGGGAGGAGAAGGAGGAGCUAAUAUCCAGCUGCCAGCCUGGGCGUGGCCUGUGGGCAGCCCUCUACAGGGAUGCCCCUGCAAGAGUCCCGUGACCAGGAGGGCGAGAGUAUGCGGGCAGGCCAGGAGCCCGCCCGAGAAUCAGUCAUGGGCGUCGUCUCCGCAACCCCCAGGAUACCCAAGAAGUUUUCCAAGCUCAUCCUGCUCACAGCCUCCAAAGACAGCGCCAAAGUGCCUGCGACCAAGCGCAAGGGGGUGCACUGCAUCAUGUCCCUCGGGUUGCCCGGCCCUACCACCCUCGCCAAGGCCCUCCUGAAGAUCCACCCCGAGGCCCAGCGGGCGAUCGAGGCGGCACCCCAGGAGCCUGAGCCAAAGCGCAGCAGGCUGGACACAGAUGCUGAAGGGAAAGGUGAUGGAAGAUUAACGUGGCAGUUACCUCCCACCCCCGCGAUGGAAGGGGAGGAGUCCGCGCCCUCUCAGGGUGGGGCAGGGUGUGCGCUGCCAGGCACACUGAGCCCAGCGUAUCCUCGUAACCAUGACAACGAUGCCGCCGGCUCCGGAGUCCCAGCGCGUCUUCGUAACCUUGACAACGGCGCGGCGUCGGCAUUUAAGCUCAGUGGGUGAACUCCACCAAGGGUUACACCAGAUCCUUAGGGCUUAGGGCCCAGUCACCGACAGAUUUUCACUUUCAACAUUGUGUAAUUUUUUUUUUUUUUUUAGAUAAAGUACAAGUUACUUUUGUAAGCAGCUUCCCCCCCCCCCAAAAAAAAAAGAUUAAAAGAAGCUAUACCUUUUAGAUCCCAUCAUGGACGGUUCAAAUUCCAGGAUUCUGGGUCCUUUCGGAUCCAGCUCCAACCCCAGCACCCGGGGGAGGGGGGCACUCACCACCCUUGGUGGCCCUCCGCACCUGGCCCUCGCCUAGUCCUUCCACCUCCACCUGCUUCUCCACACAUCGUCCUCUUUCUCUGAAAACUUCCUCUGGGCGCAAGAACACGAAUUAUUCUAAAAUUUAGAGUUUGGAGGCCUUAUGUUUUUAAACAAUAUUUUUCAAAGAUAACCACUACCAAUAGACUCCCUCUCAGGAAAAAGGAGCGACUCGGCACAUUUUCCCCUCAGCCCCCACUUUUCCUGUAUUAUUUUUACAGCGUCAUUGUUAGAAUGUUUCUAUUGUCUUCUGUAACCGUAAUAUGGAGAGUUAUUUGGUCCCAGUUGUGUAUAAACAGAGUCCACGUUCCCUACUGAGAUCUUUCCUGAGUGUUCUCUUUCUCUUGGUGGUCUGGAUUUUGUCGCCAGGCAAGAAAGCCCGAGGAACAGCUCAAGGCUUAAGGGCUAAUCGUGGACUGGAGCCCCAGGGAAGCAGGGGUGAGGAAGCUGUGAUUUUAGACUCAGCACAUGCCUGGUCUCCUGGGGCGUCUCCAGACAGUCCUGGCUUGAGUGGGUGAGAGAAUAAGAUCCUGGGUCCAGAAUCCACUGAGCAGAGUCAUCCAUGGGGCAUCCACUCCCCAGUACUUUGCUCUGGCACCAUUGGUCCCCUCCAGCUGCGGCCAGGGAACCAGAGCCACAGGCCUCAGGGCUGCCUUAAAGUGGGGAUAAAGCAAGGGCGGGACCUCCCUCCUGGGGUUUGAGUGGAUGGCUGGUGCCUGGUGAUCAUCCCGGAGGAUCCCCAGCCAAGCCAGAAGCCCAUACUCUGGGUCUGGCCCAGCAACAUGACUACUCAUUUCUUUAUUUGAAAUAUUUCAAACACAUAACAGCUGGAGCUGUGCAAUGAACACAGUAGCCCUCCUAGAUUCAGAUGGGUAGACAUCCCACCCUCUUUUCCCUUUCUCUUGUACACCCUCGCCUUCUGCCUAAUUUCCUAAUGGGGACUGCACAUAACAUGAUGUGUCACCUUGAAAUCCUUGGUCUGCACCCCUGCCCCAGAACCACAAGCCUAAAAGGGUCACCACUGAUUCAGUAACAUCAUCCAGCACCCAGGCCACACCCAGCAGUCCCAGCACGGGGCAGAAAUGGCCCUUCCCCUCCCAGCCAGGGGCUCUCUUUUUCUCUCCCUCUGAUCUGGGAGACAUUGGAUCCCUUGGAGAGUCCCAGCCAAUGUCCCUGGUGCUGCAUUCAUUAGAUUCUGAGUGGGGGCAUUACGUUUUUGUUGUUAGGUAUCAUUGAGCUGGUUCCAACUCAUAGACAUGCCAUGUGCAACAGAAUGAAACACUGCCCAGUCCUGCACCAUCCUCACAAUCGUUGCCCUGUUUGAACCCAUUGUUGCAGCCACUGUGUCGAUCCAUCUUAUUGAGGGUCUUCCUCUUUUUGGAUGAUCUUCUACCUUACCAAGCAUGACGUACUUCUCCAGGGACUGGUCCCUCCUGAUAACAUGUCCAAAGUAUGUGAGACGAAGUCUUGCCAUUCUCCCUUCUAAGGAGCAUUCUGGCUGUACUUCCUCCGAGACUGUCUGGCAGCCCAUAGAUUAUUCAAUAUUCUUUACCAACACCAUAAUUCAAAGGCACCAAUUCUUCUUUGGUCUUCCUUAUUCAUUGUCCAGAAACCCUCGUGGCAUAGUGGUUAAGUGAUACAGCUGCUAACCAAGAGGUCAGCAGUUCAAAUCCGCCAGGCGCUUCCUGGAAACUAUGGGGCAGCUCUACUCUGUCCUAUAGAGUAGAGCUGAGUUGGAAUUGACUCGACGGCGGUGGGUUUGGCUUUUUUGGUUUAUUCGUUGUCCAGCUUUUGCAUGUAUAUGAGGUGGUUGAAAAUACCAUGGCUUGAGUAAGGUACACCUUAGUCCUCGAAGUGACAUCUUUGCUUUUUAACACUCUAAAGAGGUCUUUUGCAGCAGAUUUUCCCAAUGCAAUACGUCAUUUGAUUUUUUGACUGUUGCUUCCACAGGUGUUGGUUAUGGAUCCAAGUAAAAUGAAACCCUUGACAGCUUCAAUAUUUUCUCUGUUUAUCAUGAUGUUGCUUAUUGGUUCAGUUAUGAGGAUUUUUGUUUUCUUUAUGUUGAGGUGUGAUCCAUACUGAAAGCUGUAGUCUUUGAUCUUCAUCAGUAAGUGCUUCAAGACCUCUUCACUUUCAGCAAGCAAGGUUGUAUCAUCUGCAUAUUGCGGGUUGUUAAUGAGUCUUCCUCAAAUCCUGAUGUUCCAUUCUUUAUAUAGUCUGGCUUCUCAGAUUAUUUGCUCAGCAUACAUAUUGAAUAAGUACGGUGAAAGGAUACAACCCUGAUACACACCUUCAUGAUUUUAAACCAUGAAUUGUCCCCUUGUUCUGUUUGAACUACUACCUCUUGAUCUAUGUACAGGCUCCUAAUGAGACAAUUAAGUGUUCUGGAAUCCUCGUUCUUCACAAUGUCAUCCAUAAUUUGUUAUGAUCCACACAGUCAAAUGCCUUUGCAUAGUCAAUCAAACACAGGUAAACAUCAUUCUGGUAUACUCUGCUUUCAGCCAAGAUCCAUCUGACAUCAGCAAUGAUAUCCCUCAUUCCAUGUCGUCUUUUGAAUCUGGCUUGAAUUUCUGGAAGUCCCCUAUCAACGUACUGCUACAACCAUUUUUUUAAAUUAUCUUCAGCAGAACUUUACUUGUGUGUGAUAUUAAUGAUAUUGUUUUAUAAUUUCCAUAUUCUGUUGGAUUACCUUUCUUUAGAAUGGGCACAAAUAUAGAUCUCUUCCAGUCAGUUGGCCAGGUAGCUGUCUUCCAAAUUUCUUGGCAUAGACAAGUGAGCGCUUCCAGCAUUGCAACAGUUUGUUGAAACAUCUCAAUUAGUA